AAGGGAGGGAUGAGGGUUUAAAGGCCUGAAAAAGCGACAGAUAACAAAACGAAAAGAAGAAAAAAAAAAGAGAGAGAGAGAUAGAGAGAGAGAAAGGGAAGGAAGGUGUUUUUUCUCCACACAAACACAACCUUAAUUCCUCUCACUCUUAUCACAGAUUCAUCUUAUUUUUACCAUCAAUGCCCUUCCACGAAAUCAGCGAAACCCAAACACACAGUUGUUGUCGUUGGUGUUGUUACUCUGAAUCUCUCGUACAUGCAUAGAUCUCCAUGAGAGUAAAACUGAAACACAAUCUGCUUCUAUUUUCCGUGUCUUUCGAACGCAAACACGUUGUUGGUGGUUGGUAGGACAAAAAAAAAAACAGCUCACAACUUGGGACCAUGUCGGAAUUCAGAGUCGGCCACUGUUUUCCGCGGCUCUUGCUUGCUGUCAAUGUCGGUCUCGCUCUUGUUGCCGCAACUAUUGCUUUCCUUGCUUCUUUUCAGUUGCUGAGGAUUCACUUGAGGAAUUUACAGCUUGGCUGGACUCGGCAAAAAGUGUUCCAUCUAUUGAUUGGCUCUUCUAAUUGGGGUUACUUGGUUUAUUUGGCAUUGACACUUGUUGCUGCUUGCAAGGGAUGGACAUGUUGGUCACAUUCUUGUGGUUUUAUCUUUAUGGCUUUCCCCAAAGUACUUUUUUUUGCAGCAUUUCUUCUUCUUUUAUCCUUCUGGGUUGACCUUUGCCAUCAACCAGAUGAUGACGAUGACUAUGAAGGAAGUUUUUCUGAGAUACCUUUGCUAAGAAAGACUUCAAACGAAUCAAAUUUAGGAAGCAUGGAUAGGCAUAGAAAGUGCCUUCCUGUUCGGUUUGCUCGUAUAGGAAAUCGGCAAAAGAUUGUGAUUUUGGUUACAUUGCUAAUUUUCAUCAUCGUGAUGGCAUUUGCUGUAACAAUCUGGAUUGGGCUGGGAAGUAAUCCCAUUGAUUCUGAAGUGGCAGCUCGGGUUUAUUUAGAUCUUUCUGCUAUUGGAAUGCUUUUGUUGGGAGUAGCAUUAGCGUGUUAUGGAAUCCUAUUAUGCUUGAAGAUGAGCAAAGUUAGAGCAGAGAAACCUUCAUCUGAAAUGUGGAAGGUUGCAGGUUUAACUACUAUCUCUGUACUAUGCUUCACAUCAAGCUCCUGUGUAGAACUUUUAACCGACAUUCCUAUGCUGUAUAACUGGCGUCAGCGGCCUCUGAAUGAUGUUUACACCUCUCUUUUACUCAUUUUGUAUUAUUUUGUAGGCUCAUCAAUACCUUCAGCAGUGGUACUGUGGGUAAUGAGAGAAUUACCACCUAUAGAAGCUGCUGACAUAGUAGAAGAAUCAAGGACAUUAGCUUUUGUUGCUGAUAGUUCAGUUGCAAUUGAUCAUCCUCAGCGCUGGACUACGGCAACAAGCAUGCAAAACCAGACAUCAAGAGCGAGUCCUAUAUAACUGUGUGUUAACCUUUGCAAAUGUAUCUUGUUCUGCUGAAGCUUGGGCAGCGUAUUGGAAUUUAUUCAGAAUAUGUUUAAUCCUGGAGCGGAGAUGAGAGAAAAUGACGCUGGUGGAUGUAAACGCUUUAGGGCCUAAGGUUGCUAAUUCCCACAGUAUAUACAUUUUAAAUCUAAAUGUAUAUAGUAGCAAUUUGAUAUAUGAAAAAUUCUUUCCUUCUAUACAAAUUUUGGAAUGUUACUAUGGCAG